AUGGACGUCACCGCAAGGCGCGGAAGGCAGUGACGUUCGCAUCGGGAUGGCGCGAGAUUCAGAGCGUGGGCUGAGUUGUGUGUGUUUAUUUUAAUUUUAAAUAUUAGGGUUCUAAACUCAACUGAAAUAUCGUAAAACAGUGAGAGGAUGCAGCUAUUUUGCUCGUCUGGCAAAUACGUUAUUUUAAGGGAGGCAAGAUAGGAAUUAAAAUAUCGCAUAUAAAUACUUGCGUAUUUAUAAAAAAAAUAAGAUAAAAAAAUAAAUAAUAAUAAAAAAUAUCACGUUUUUUUUUUUCUUUAUUCACUCACCCUGCAGUACGUUUUAAAUAUAUCUGAUAAAGGAAGAUUUCGAGUUUUUUUUCGGUGCUUAGUAAUAUUUUAAUACGCGUCUGUGUUUACUAAUAAGACUACUACUAAUAAUUGAUAGUAAUUAAUUGUGCCGGUACUGUAUUGGCGAUGGCGGACUCUCUGGUUGAGAUGAGCGACAGUGAGGAUGAGAGUCAGGAGGUGAUGACGCCGGCGGAGCUCGUUACCAAACUGGAGGAGAUAUGGUUGAACGAGAAGCUCUCACCUGAGCUCCUGGAAAAUAAAUCGGAGAUCGUGGAGUGUGUGAUGGAGCAGCUGAACCACAUGGAGAAGAAUCUCCAGCGAGUGAAGGGUGUGGAUCUGAGAGCGGGUGUGCACCGCAUGGAGACGGAGAGGAUCCGCUACGUGCUGAGCAGUUACCUGCGCUCCCGGCUUCAGAAGAUUGAGAAGUAUUUUCCCCACAUCUUGGAGAAGGAGAAAUCCCGCGCCGAAGGGGACCCGUCCUAUCUGUCUCCAGAGGAAUUCGCGUUUGCAAAAGAGUACCUGGUGAACACAGAGACCUACCUGAAGAGCGUCGCGCUGAAGCACAUGCCCCCCAACCUGCAAGCCGUGGACCUGGGCAAAUCGGUGCAGAAGCCCAAUCUGGACUCCUUUGUGUUCCUGCGGGUGAAGCAGAGGCAGGACAAUAUCCUGGUGGAGCCGGAGACCGACGAGCAGAGGGAGUAUGCCAUUGAUUUGGAGGAGGGUUCCCAGCACCUGAUGCGCUACCGCACCGUAGCACCCCUAGUGGCCAGUGGAGCUGUGCAGCUCAUUUAGCAGAACAGUGUCUGAACGGUUGGAUACAGCCAGGCGAUGUCUCUUCCAAACCCUGCCCUGCGGAGCCAGCGCCUCUUCCCCCCUGUUCCUUUCACUGAUUGUGGUGCUUUUCUGACAUGGACUAGGCCAAGACCAUCCGGCUCAUUUCAAUUGUGGCUGAAGGCAGGCCUCCAGAGGCUGGUGCGUUAACCCACUGUGCCAGCUGUCCCUGCAAGCCUCCAGCAGACAUGGCUCCCCCUGUGAACCUUUCCAGGCACGCCCUUUCUGACGCUGUGUCAUUUCAGCAGCAUCGCCAGAGAGCAGCCCUUUAAUCCUAGUGAAAGCUGUAAGAGUUGUCUUUUAAUAAAGGUCCUGUCACGCG